CUCAACUAUACUCUGGUUUAGCGUUUCCGGCUGUUUCUGCAUCUGUGUACUACACACGUGUGGCUGUAACCAACGUAUUUCUUGUUAAAGUACAUGAACCCACGUUCUCGCUCAGGGGAAAAGAUUAAAGCUUUUACCUGCGAAUAUUUCCUGCCGCCAUGGGCCCGCCUCGUUCAAAAAAGCGGCGGCCAACGUUCCGCCGCCUGCUAAAGACAAGCGGGGUGAAACUAGAGAACAAGCUGAAGAACCGUCAGUUCAAGCAGCAGAAUGCUGACAAGAAACAGCGGAAAGAUCAGAAGAGAAUGCGGCAGGCGAUGAAGGGCUCUACCCUGCAGACGCCCCGCCCCCUGGAGACGUACAGGAAGCGACCAGAGGAGGAGGAGCAGGAGGAAGAGUUCCUGGAGAGUUUACCGACAGACAUGAUGGACGAAGACGACCUUCAGCAGAUGACCACCAUGGCUCGGAAGGCAUCGUUCAUUACCAGAGACCUGUCGUCAUGCGGGCCGGUUCAUGGAGGGAAGAAGCGGAGCUCUGACGUGGUUCGCAGCUACGAGAAGGUUCCGAGGAAGAUUGCUAAAAUGCAGGAGAAGGAGGUGAUCCAUCUGCUGCCAAUCAAGGACAAGAGUGGCGUCAUCCCACAGAGCAUGGAGAGAGUUGUAGAAAAGCAGCCAGAGCCUGAAGAGGAGGACGAUGAUGCAGAUAAGCCUGAUGAGGAGGAAAGUGAGGGGGCAUCAUCGUGUUACGUGGGACUGACCCCAGAGCAAAGAGAGCAGCUUAGAAACCAGAAGUUAAACGGGAAGAAGCACUGCAUCGCCAACCUGGCGUCAGCCAUCAUUUCAGACCCCAUGAACAAUAUGAAGUGUGUGAAGGAGCUGCGGGGUAUGCUGAUGGAGGCUGAUCCCAGCGUGGCGGUCUCAGUCAGGAAGAUGGUGAUGGUUUCUCUAAUGGAGAUCUUUAAAGACAUUGCUCCCACCUACAGAAUACGACCUCUGACUGCUGAAGAGAAGAGCGUCAAGGUGAAGAAGGAGACAAAACAGCUCAGAGAGUUCGAGGAAGGUUUGGUGAGUCAGUAUAAGUUCUACCUGGAGGAUCUAGAGCAGACCAUCAAAGAUUGGAAGCAGAAGAAGAGGAAACGCAGCCAGGCGGUAGGCCUCCAGUCUUAUCUCAGUCUGGCCGAGGUCGCCGUGCGCUGCCUGAGUGAGCUGCUGCUGGCUCUGCCACACUUCAACUUCCACAACAACAUCGUCGUCAUCCUCGUACCGCUGAUGAACGACCCGACAAGGAAGGUGUCUGACAUGUGCUGUGACGCAUUCAAGAAGCUGUUCCAACAGGACAAAGGGGGCGUGGCCUCUCUGGCCACUGUGCGAGUUAUAUCUGGCCUUGUAAAGAGCCUAAAUUACAAUGUCAGACCUGAGGUGCUGCAAACGCUGCUCAGUUUGAGGAUCAAGGAGGUGGAGAUGAAGAAGGACCUGGAGGCUUCUGCACCAAAAAAGAGGUUUAUGACAAACAAAGAAAAGAAGAAGAACUUAUCCAGGAUGCAGAGGAAGUGGAAAAAGGCAGAGGAGAAGCUGGAGAAGGAGCUUUUGGAGGCAGAAGCUUCCGAGAGCAAAGAGAAGAAGAUCAAACUGCACACAGAGACCCUGAACAUCGUCUUCCUCGUCUACUUCAGGAUCCUGAAGAAAGCGCAGAAAUCCAUUCUUCUUCCUGUGGUUCUGGAGGGACUGGCCAAUUUUGCUCACCUGAUCAACCUGGAAUUCUUUGAUGACCUGCUGAAUGUACUUCAGAACCUGAUCCAAUCAGGAGAUCUGACCAAUCGGGAGUGUCUCCACUGCAUCCAGACGGUCUUCACCAUCCUGUCAGGACAAGGUGAUGCUCUGAACAUCGACCCUCUGAACUUCUACUCUCAGCUCUACAGAAUUCUGCUGCGGCUACAUGCUGGGACUCCUAACUAUGACAUCAUCAUCGUGCUCAGGUGCUUGGAUGCUAUGCUGACCCGCCGCCGUAAACAGGUGUCCCUGCAGAGGGCGAUGGCCUUUGUUAAACGGCUGAGCGUGCUCAGUCUGCAUGUCCUGCAUAACUCCAGUGUAGGAAUCCUCGCUGCCAACAGAGCUACCAUGCACUCCUUUCCAAAGUGUGAUUUCCUGUUGGAUAAUGAGAUUCAAGGCAGCGGCUUCUACUUACCAGAACUGAAUGAACCUGAACACUGCAAUGCUCAGAACACUGCACUGUGGGAACUGCACCUACUGCAGAGACAUUACCAUCCAGUCGUUCGGAGGUUCGCCGUUCAUCUGAGUCGUGGAGCUCCUAGCGAGGGAACGGCGUCUCUCAGUGUGGAUCUAAGUCGCAGGUCACCACUGGAGCUGUUUGAAGACUACAGUCUCAAAGAUAUGGCCUUUAACCCUCCAGUCGCACCGCCCGGGUCCAAAAAGAAGGACCAUUUUGUUGUCGGAGAGACGCUGCUGGACGGCGAGCUGCAGAAACUAGUCUCAAGGGUCCUGAGUUUGGUUGAGGACACACAGCCAGACUUUGCUGCAACAUACACACACAUAAGAGCACAGGACUGACACACAAUCACUCAUAAUUUUCUGUUGGGGUCCCUGUCAUUUAGUGACAACAGAAUCAGAACGUCACAAAUAAAAAGAUGUACCAAACCAA